AUGCGUAAAGAAAGACCUCACAUUGAGGAGAAGCCCCACCCAGUUGUUACACAUAAGCGUGUUAAGAAAGGACGAAACAUAAAAAAAGGAAAAAAUGGAAAGCAUCCCAAGUGGAUAAUCAUUAAAAACAACUUCGGAUUGCUAUCCAGGUGGAACUCGCUUACACAUAUCACUAAUGCAAAUAUGAAGGCAAGUCGAAUAGACAAACAUUUCUUUAUUAAACCUAGGACAUGUUUCUAUGAUGUGCAUUAUCAAAAGUGUGUACGUUUGCACAAAUGGAAUAAUAAUUUAGUUCAAAUGGAACGUUCAACAAAGAUCGGCUCCAAGGAAACCGAAGAAAGACGAAACGACAACAGCACUGUUGACGGAGCUCAUAGGGAUACUACAUGUAGGAGUUCCAUUAACAACUUCGCUUCCAAUGGAAGAAAAUUUAAAAGCCUUCUUAGUGACAAAUCAAACAGGAUGGAAAAAAAUCCGAUGCAAAAACACUCUUCCAAAGUGCAUGGAUUACAAAAAGAUGCCUUCAUAAAAAAGUACCUCCCCACCGAGCGAACCGCUACAUAUAACAUCGUCACGAACGCGGAAAACAUAAGCGAAGACCCCCUGUCCAUUUUUAAAAACGAAUCGGAUAAAAUUUUAGAACAUAUUAAAAAAUGGAAAAUGAAGAAAUCGACUCUUUCCAGAAGGGUUCACAUACCUGACUAUGUGGACGGUAAGGAGAUCCCUUCUCCAAUUCCGAAUGAAGUUGCCCCCAAUUAUGCAAAUUUCCUUAGGGACAAAAAAAGAAGAAAAAAAAAAACAGAUCCCUCUGGAAAUAUGCCAAAAAAAUUGGAAAGCUGUACCAGUGCUGAACAGGCCCAUUGCAGCUAUGCACAUGAUGAAAAAAAUUACUCUCCAAAAAAUGAGUUACACAUUCGAAGCAAGACAACUAAAAAGGGAACAUCACAUGCAAUGGCUACCUUCUAUAAUAAUAAUAAUAAUAAUAACAAGGUAAAAAAAAGCUAUUUAAAAAAGGAAGAAAUUUGCUUCAAUCAAAACGGAAUUUGUAAUUUCAACCAGAUGGAUAAGCUCCACAUUGUAAGUGGGCUGAACAUGGAGCGAAAACUCACUCUGCUCGGAGGUAACUACCCAAAACAUAAAUCUCCUUCUGAUUCCAAACAUUGUAGCAUUGGUGAAAGGCCCAUCCUUGCAAACAUACCUGUCAUAGAAGCGUUAUACCAAAACGAGCAAAUGAAUCAACGGAAAAAAAGAAAAAUUGAUACCCAAAGUAACAGAAAUGCAUUAAUUAACAGAACGAUGAACUGCACAGAACUGCUGACUGAUCUUGCUCCCACACAUCUAAAGGACAGCUCCAAAAAUGGCGCCCAUGAUUCCAGCCAAAUGGCUAGCAAUCAAGUGAAAUGUGCUUAUUUACCCAAAGGGCACAACCAAGACAUAGAUUUUAAAAGCGAUAUAAAAUGGAACAAUUUUAUUCUAACUAACAAAUGUGCAGACACUGAAAGGUUCGCCACUCCACCUAACAACCUAAGCAAUGUCAAAAUUUUUAUCAAAAUAGGCAGUUCACGAGAUAUUCAUGAUACCGCUACCAAAAGGUUAUACUUGGAAGAACGUGCCAUUGGAAUCAGCAGCAAACAGAGUGAAUGCAGAGAAUCCCAAAAUGGAAAUAAUGGAAAAAAGGGAAAUAAUGGAAAAAAGGGAAAUAAUGGAAAAAAUGGAAAUAAUGGAAAAAAUGGAAAUAAUGGAAAUAAAAAAGCUCCUCUAACCGAUCGGAAGGGGGGAUUCGAAUUAGGGAAAAGGAAAACUCACUUACUCGACCAAGGUCCCGAGGCCACCCAAAGAAGGAACCAAACAAAAUAUAAUGGCAACUCUUCCAUUAGUAAUGAAGAAGAAAGAAGGAAAAAAACAUUCAGAAAAAUCACAACUCAUAUGACCCACUUAGGAAAGACACCUGAAUCCAAUUUAGAAAGAAAAAGAUCCAAUCAUAAUAUUACUCUAAGGAAGGAGAAAGGCCCUAUCGGUGAUGCAAAUCCAACGAAAAUGAAAAUUUCUAACUUGUCAAACAACUUUUUUAAAACGAAAAUCCUAACCCAUUCAAAUAGGACGAAAGAAUCAGAACAAUUGAGACGAAUUAAACAAAUGGCUAGCACAUGCAAAACGACAAACCCUACCAAUAAAAAUGCUAAAGCAAAAAUGAGGAGAAAAAAUAGCCAAAGUGAGUUGAAGAGAGUAAAACCUACAAUAAAUGACACAAGCGUCCAACCCUUCUCGAAUGAAAUGCAAAAAUUAGAGGAAAGGACAGACGCACUUCAGGAACGAAUCAAGGCAAUCCAAAUGGACACUAAUAAAAAUACAAAAGGGAUUAUUAACUCCAACAUUACAGCAUUACCAAUUUAUAACAAAAUUGAAACAAAUUUGAAAGUUCGUGAAGGAAUGACCGAUCGGGAUAGCUAUUCCAGUGGAGAAUCAGAAAACAUUUCGCGUGAGAAAUUUUCACCAUGUAGCAGCGGGAGGACAGAAUAUGCAAGCUCCGUGUCAUCACCCGAUCACAAAAUUAGUGGCGUUCACAUCAUGCAAGAAGAAAAAAAGGAGACAGGCUCACCGAAACGUUCAAAUUAUAAGAGCCAUGAAACAUUGCUAUACGAACUGAUAAACACAAAUAACAAUAAAAAUAGAAUUAAAAAAUUUAUUCAGGAAUCUGAGGGGAGGCAAAAAUUAUGUACAAAUGGAUGCAGCCAAGAUGCCCCUCACAUAAAUGGAACAACUCAUGUAAAUACUAUCUCUGUAAAUGUGAAGACAACUGGGACGAAUUCCCUUCAGGAAGAGUGUCACAAUGAAAACGUACUAAAUGACCAGCAAGAGAAAUCUCAAAGAAGCACUUCAAAUGGUCAAAAAAAGAACCUAAGAAAAAGCCAUGAAACUUUGCUAUAUGAAUUAAUCAACGCGAAUGAUAACAGAUUGAAAAUUUUAAAUUUCCUGAAACGAUCCGACAGACGAGAAGAUAGUUUCAUCCAAAGGGGCGAUGCGGAAAAGAACUACCCCAAACAGAGUGAGCACGAAAAGAAUCGUUUAACGGAGGAAGCCAUUAAAAUUAUACCACACAUAUUGGAGGUCCCACCUCCCUUACCCUCCCACGCAACCAGUGCAAAAGCACCUAUGACGAAAUGUAUACUGCUCGAAUCGAAAUCCACUCGACCCAUCAAAAUAGUGGAAAACAAAAAUGCUCUAAAGUAUAGAAUUUCGAGCAAAUACCACAAUAAAUAUGGACCCCAGAAGGAGAUCAAAGCACUGACGACUAAAAUGAAAAGCGUGAAAGAAAUGAAGCAAAAGGAAAGAAUCACAGUAUGUGACAAAAUUAAAAAUGGACACAAAUUUAUGGCGAAUAAAAAAGAGGAGAGAAAACUGUCUGACGUGCAAAUGUGUGGUGCACCAUGUGAGGUAAUUCGUAGACCCCCUAACAGUAAAGUCAUCUCCAGAGGGAAGGAAACCCAGAAAAAGCAAAUUGUAAUACCAAAAAAAUGUGGAAGGGAUUAUUUAAUUUUAGAGAAAUUGAAAUGUGGAACCAUCGAACAUGACAUUCCGAAACGCCCCAGAGGUAUAAUCAUCAAAACAGUCCAUGUUAAGCAUAGAAAUGAAAACAAGAAAAAUAUUCCUUCAAACAAUUUGAUCAUUAAAAAGCAAGUAGACAACCGACCAAUAAAGAGCACACAUGCAGAAGUUGCGUCGAAAGUUCCUAUCCACUCGCACAUGCAAAUGAUCCAAUCUCCAAUGGCGGACCAGAAUAGAGAAACUACCAACGAGGUAAAAAUAAAAAAAUGUCCCAUCAUCCAACAACUUAUCCCUAUCAAAAAUGAGCAAAAAACGAAAGGGGAAGUUCCACAGCAACAAAAAAAUAGCAAAGAAAUUGUUGAAAAAAUACUUCAAAGGGACAAAAAACAUUGCGUCCAAGAUAGAAUCAUAAAAGAAGACCAUACUGAACAUAAACUUAGCACCACCACAGACAGAGACGAAAAAAAAAGAAAGUUACUCUCUCGUUCAGAUGCUAGCACAAAGAUUAAAGCAAGGAAGGUGCAAACUGAAAUUACUUUCAAGAAAAUCAACAUACAAAUGAUUACCACAAAUUGGGAAGACAAAAUUGAGAAAAAUGAACAAAGUGGCAAAAAUGAAAAAGGGAAAAGAGUUAACUCUGCUCCUGAUGUAGAAGUAGCAUUCAACGAAGAAAGGAAAUUCUCAAUUGUUAACCCACAUAAAAAGGUGGAUACAGAAUGCAGCCAUAUAUUACUAGAAAAUAAAAGCAGGCCACAUUUUACCAAUCCAAAGGAAGAGGCCUCUCUUUAUGUGUUAAAAAAAAACGUUCAAAAAAUUUCCCUCAAUAAAGACAUCCAAAUGAGUUUCUCCUUUUAUGUAAGCAAAUUCGUUGUGAACCGCCCAGUGGGAAAAUACCUAUUUAGCGCAUUCUCGAACAGAAUGUACAUCCUGCUAGCCACUUUUCACUUGAAUGAAGUCCUCCACUUUGAAGAAUUAAAAGAAAAAAAACUAGCAAAAAAACAGAACAAUAUCUCACGUGAAGGGGGAAAUAUUAACCUCUCAUCAGCAGCACAAGCACUCACAAAAAUGAAAACAAUGUUUACCAUUCAUUUCUACCAAAUGGAAGGGGCACACUCUGUAAAGAAAUGGACCACUAUUACAGUCCAACAUUUAGAGGUCUAUCACUGGAGUGGUAAAAAGGCUAACCUAAUGAUAAUGCACAGACAAACAAUAUGCCUUAACAACGUGGAAGAUAUAAAACUAAUCCGCCAAGUGAAACGACACCUAGCAAAAGUAGACAUUGCAACAAAGGAAGAAUUAAUAGGAUCCUCCACAUGGCUUAAAGCAAAAGUGCACUCAAAUCAUUACGAUGCAGGAAAAGGAAAAAAAAAACAUAUUAACACCGAGAGAAUGGGAUGUGAGAAUAAAUUUCUCCACAGUACUAUAUUCAUUACAGUUCCACUUGUAAAAUGUACCGUAAAAAGUAUUAUCCUGUCAAGAGAGGAGAGGAAAAAAGGAAAAAAAAAAGAACCAAUCAAAUGGUCGCAUUACCUAGACAUAGUAGGGUUAACAAAACUGACUUGCACACAGAGGAAUAUACCAAACAGUUCCUUCACUACAUGUUCAAAGAAAUCAAUCGGAGGUAGACACAUAUGCACAUGGGAUCUUCCAGGAAACGGAAAAAACGCCCCAUUCGAAGAAUCAAGGAAGAAAAUAGUUCCUGCAAAAUUUAGUGAAAUGCAUUAUGAAAGUACAACAUUAUAUAUGGACAAUAAGGUUGCUUCAGAUAAAGUCCAGAGAAAAAAAAUAUGCGCUAAUCUACGCACAGAAGGAAAUAAAUAUGUGCUAGCAAAGAAAGAAAAUUAUGAACUUGAGGGGAUUAUUCCCGUUGUACAGGAAGAGGCAGAUUCGCAAAUCACAGCGCAGGGGGUUUUGUCAAAUGUCGAUGAAGAAGAAGGCAGAAUUACGUCAACAUGUCUCACAGACAGGAAUAUAGAAAAUCCGGAGAAAGGUGUAUUUACCAUAAAGAGGAUUAUACGUGAAGGAUUCCUUGAAGGCAAAGAGACGCUAAUGAUUGAGGACCUAAAGGAGGGUUAUCAACAGAUGGAAAGUGGGAACCCGGUUCAGUUAACAUAUGAGAACCUAUUCGAGCUGAAAAGUGGGACCCCGGUUCAGUUGCCGCAUACGAAUGAUAACAGAAUGACAAACCAAACUACGCAACCACCCAACGGAGACAUCGAAAAAGAAAUAUUCACAAUCAAACAACUAAUAAAGGAAAUUCUCACAGAAAUGAAAAACGGACUUGUGAAAGAAGCAAAAACGAAAAAAUCCAAAAUUUUCAGAAGGAAAAAAUCGCGGCUUAAAGAAGUUAAUAUAAAUUCUGACAUAAGCAAUUUCAAUAAAAAGGGCUCAAAACGGAAAGAUGGAAAGGGCACCUCCAUUGAAAAGGUAAAAAAGAAAAACAUAAAUGUAACUGCCCUUUUUAGCAAAAUGUUACCAUCCUCCUUGGAAGUAGAACGGAUAACGAAUACACAGGAAAAGGAUUGCCUAAUGGAAAUAUCAAUUGAGGAAGAUGUUCAAACAUCUACUCGCGAAGUUACGGCGAUGUCGGAUGUAAGCGGUGAAUGUGAAGUCCUAGUGGGAGCCGGGUUAAGUUAUCAUAAUGAAGACAUGAUGAUGGAAUAUGUGCCUUACCGAAAUGAUGUUAUUGUGGGGCAUCUUCUCAGUAACAAAACCGCUGCUACUAUGGUGGAAGAUGUACACGACCAAGAAAAUUUGAUGCUGAUGGAAAAUGUAAGUGAGCACAUUGACGUCAUGGUGGUAGAGGACGCAAGUAAGGGGAGUGCGCCCAUCAUGGUGGAAGAUAUAGGUAGGAAUAAUUUCCCCAUUAUGGUAAAUACUACUAGCAAAAACGCCUCCCUCCCAUUGGACGAUCGACAGUGCCAAAUCGAAGUGCCACACAUCGUGGAUGAUCUAGUCAGAAUGUUGGAGAAUUACGAACCAAGUAACGAAAACAAAAAGGAUGAUACUCCCUGUAGAGACCCAAAAAAGGAAGAAAUACGAAAGGAAAUUAAAAAGUUAAUUGAAAUGGUAAAAGAACUGAAGCAAGAAUGUACGAAAGAAAUGGAAAAGGAAAAAUCCAUGAUAACAUAUUUGGAAGAAACGAAUGGCAAGGCACAAAUAAUAGACCUACCUUUUACGCAGGAUGGAGCCAUGUUAGAGGACUCACCAAUGCACAUUUUAACCCUUCAAAUGAGGGAGGAAAAAAUAGAAAAGGAAUUUCAAAAUGGGAUGAUAAAAGAUCACGAAGGAAAACAGUCUUACAUACCUGAUAUGAACAAAAUAGCAACCACACUGCCCGAACAAAUAGACCUAAAGAAAAAGUUAAAAACUUGCAACGAUUUGGACAAUGUCAAAAGGAAUAACGCCACUAGACAUUCUUCAAGACAAAAAUGUACCAAAAAAAAAAGCAUAUUCAACGAAAGAGUCAAAAUGAAGCUAAUGAUGCGACAGAGCCUCAAAAUGGGCAUUUCGAACGAGAGAAAAGAGAGGAAGAGGAAAGAAAAGGAAAAAAUGAAGCAAUUUUUAAAAGAUAUUUUAAACGCGGAAACAAUUAGGAUAUUUCUGAACAAUCAAGUUGCUGAAAAUGAUCUACACGAGCAUCCAAGAAAAAGAAGGUCACCCUAUGUGACAGCAGAAGGGGAAUACGUGAACGCGCGCAGUGAAACCGCUACAUGUGUAAAAAUGGAUAUGUGUACCCAUUGGCCCACAAAAUGUGUAAAUCCCUUAAGUGUUAACCCCCCAUCACCAAGUGCUCAAAUACCUCAACUCAGCCAAAACAUUCUUGACAGAAUAGACCUGCCCACGCCAAACGAUGCAUUCGACGAAAACACCAUCCAAGGGAAAGAAACUGCAAAGGAGGGAAAACAAAAUGAAACUUCCAUCAUCACCACAUUAGAAAGAGACGAAAAAAUAAAGAAACUUAUGAGCAAGAAAAGGGUGACAUUAAACGAAAAUUUAGCAAUGAAAAGAGCAUUUUUCAAUACACAGAAAAAAGCGGACAGGGAAAACAUUACCGAUGAUUUCUUCUGUUAA